GUCUGAGCCGGCUCUACUGGUUUACCAGUUUUCGUUUAACCUCCAUGAGUCGCGUACGUAUGUAAAUAGAGAAAUUACAAUAUUGUGUUGAACAUAAUUUUUAAUAAUGAAGAAGGCUGGCUCAGUUCAAAUCAAAAAAAGUGCUUUAACUGGCAAUGUUGGAAAAAAUAGCUCAAAAAUUGGUCCUACCGUAAUUUCAAGUCCUAAAUUACCAAACCUCCCAUCAUCUUCUGGUAAAAGUUUGUCGGCCCCCUCAUACCUAACUCCAAAAAGUAAUAAAUCUUCCACAAGUUUUGGUAUAAUUUGGUUGCCAGGAAGAAGAAGAAAUAAACACAAAGAAAUUGUUUAUAAUUCACACAAGACUGAUGGUUCUAAAGAAAGAACGCCAUCUAUGUAUAAUAUUAUGUCUGGAGAUUCAUCUAAUCAGCAAACUUUAUUAAAGAAAAAAGAAGAGGAUAUAGAUUUGUUUGGUUCUGGUAAAAGUGGAAAUGCAUCAGUAGCUGUUGCCGGAGCUGGGGUUGUUACUUCAACAGAAAUUCCUCCGGAUAUUGUUUAUGCUAAUCCUGAAGAGAAAAAUGAAAGUCAAGAAUUCAUCAGACGUAACAAAGAAGAUAGCAAGGAAGCUGCUGGAGACACUAAAGAUAUUGGAAGUGUUGAUAAAAAUGGUCUAGAAAGUAGAAAAGAUGAAAAUUCCCUGGACCCUAAAUCAGCUGUAGGUCCACUAGAAGACAAUGUUGACAGUGUGUUCCUGAGAUCACAACCUGCUCACAAAGUUCGAUCAACAGCUUCAACUGUAGAAGAAGAAGACUGUGGUAUUAAAUGUCUGUAUUACACUUUGCAGUGUUGCGAUUGUGUCCUUAUGUAAUGCAAUUUAUUAAGAGUGUAUUUUGGAAUCAAUAAUUUCCAAUGACACUUAAUAAACUAAACUAUAUAUAUAAGUAUAUAUCAUUUAUAAGUAUAUAGGUUUGUGACAUACUACCUAAAAAUUUUGUUGAACCUCUUACAAAUAUAAAGUAGAAAAAAUAAUUUUAAUUAGUUUGAAAUCAAAUUUUUCAUAAAUCUACUAUAUUGCUCAAAAUAAUUUUACACCACCUUUCAAAUACACUCUUAAUUGUAACAGGUAUAUAUAUAUUUUUUUAGUAUAAUUUAAAAUAGUAUCUAAGUAUUUGACUUUCAGUGGUGCAUUACUUUAUUACUUUUAUAAAAUUAUAGUGUCAGGAAGUGAUUUAACUUCAAAAAUUUGAGAAACUUUUAUUGUUUAUAAAAGUCAACAUAUCAUGUAAUAAAAUUUAUUUAAUGUACAUUUACAUUUAUAACACAACCGGGUACCAAUAAUAUGCAACACAACAUUCCAAAUGACACUUAAUUCUCCUGAAAUAAUAUAUUUUAUAUAAAAUGUAUUAUAACUUGUCAUUAAGGUGAUUGGAUAAGGUGCUUUGUCACUAUAUUUUGCCACUUUGAUUACUUGUAGUUUUUUAAAAUAGUUUAUAUUUGUAAUCUUAGAAUCUCCAGUCUCCGUCCAAUAUAAGGAGUCUGUUUGGUAAGUCUCUAAAGUAUUAUAUAUUUUUUAGCCAUGUACACAUUUUGUACUUAAUCUUAUAAAAUAAAUAAAAUUGUAAACA